UUUCAGUGUUCACUCAUACAUGCGCGCUGCGCAUUUCCAUCAGCUGUCAAAAAGGAGGGUGCCGCGUUGAGAACGUAUUUUUGAUGUUUGCUGAAAUUUAUGAAACAAGAAAAAUAGAUUUUUUGCGAACAAAAACGUAUCCCAGUUCAGAAAAUAUAUAUCAACCAGAAACGGAAACGCAUUAGCAUCUUAAAUAGAGUGCCUAAACAACAAUGGCGGCCAGAACUAGCAUUAUCGAUGAAAGUGCCGACGAUGGAGUCCCGGCCGAUUUUUGGAACGAAGUUCUCGACAGCUUUGAGGUAAUGGAUGAAUGGGCCGAGGGAAGCGAGGAGGCCAAAAAAGCAGCCGAAGAACGUGCGCGCAAAAAAAAGGAAGAUGAAUUGGAAAAGGUCAGGAAGUUCAAUGAAGCCUGGAACAUCGCUCCUGCUGCAGAAGAAGAAGUAACACGCAUAGAGGUGGAUAAAACGACGACAGAAUCGGAAACGACACCGGUCGUGGAAUCUACAACGUCGGCAGUUGAAUCCGAUUCCAGGUCCAAAUCGCCGGACUGCGCAAUCAUCAACGAGGAGCGUGAAGUAAUUACAGUUGAGGAAGAUAACAUUCAUGUUGCUGAAAAUUCAGUCGUUGUUAUUCCGGCGGAAGGUUUACCAAAAGAUCCUAGAUUGAAGCGUAUUGAGGAGGCCAGCCGUGUACAGAGUCCUUCGAGUCCUACCCAGGAGGCCAGAACGGGAUUCACCGAACGUGAAUUAGCCCCUUCAAACAGGUACUUUCAGGUAGACAGAGAUCGGGAGCGUGAAGAGCAAAUUCGUAAGGAUCGCGAAGACUUUGAGCGAGCUAGAAGUCGCUUGAGAUCUCGAAGUCCUGGGGCGCGCACUAGGCGAUCUAUGUCCGACGAUGAGGACGAUAUUGGUCGGCCUUUUCCUCGGCACACUGAACGCAGCCGGUCUAGAUAUCGCUCGAGAAGUCGCGAACAUACCAGCAGGCGUUCCAGGAGUCCGCGAAGAGCCAAGAGUUCUCGGCGGUCGAGAUCACGCAGUCGUGACCGUGUUCGUAGUCGUCGUUCGACGCGAUCCCGAUCGAGAUCGCGUUCCCGACCUCGUCGUGAUCUAACCGAUGAGCUCAGGGAUAGGCUGACGCAAUCCGGCAGCGAGAACCCCGCGGCAAUGAUGAACCAGAUGACGUCGAUGAUGCAGAUGAUGAUGGAUCCCUCAAAGAUGAUGUCCAUGAAUCCUAUGAUGGCCAUGAUGAUGCAAAUGAAUCCGAUGAUGGCUGCUGCUGCUGCGGCUGCCGCUCAAAGGACGGCUGACACGGCUAAAGAAACUCCGGUUGCCGAACAGCCGGAUAAAAAGGAUGACAUAACCGCACAGUUAUUCUUGGACAGUAAAAUUAAUUUGUCCGAUUUUUUGGCAACACGAAGUCCUAUCGAGGGGAAGAAGUCAACUCGUGCUAAUCUUAGAGUGGUCCAACGCAUCAAGGAAGCCAUCACGAUUCUUGACAAACAAGAAACAAAGCAGCAAACAGCUAAAUUCCUAUAUGUUGCUCCAACGUAUCAUACAGAUCUAAAGAAGUUAGAUAAUCGUUCGCCUUUGAUUUGGAACGACCAGAACGUUUUGUACUCGUCAACAAGUAAAUCCAAGGAUGUAGGUCUUUGCGAACCGUUCCGUAACAUCAACCGUAAAAUGAAGCAAAUGAUUGAGCGCCUUGGUUUGGAUGAAGGUAACAUUUCCCAGAGAAUAGCCAAUCAGAAGAAGGAGAAAACCUCCACACAAUCCGGAGCCGAUGUAGGAACUAUUCAAGCCAUUACGAUUGUGCCCGUUAGGGGCGGUGCUUCCUCCAAACGCAUGAUUGAAAGGUCUAUCCAAACCGAAGACUUUAAUUGUUUGGAUUGCGUACAACGGCGAAGUAAGACAUACGUUUCCGUUAAUACACAAACGGCCAUUCGUGCACGCACUAUUGAAGUCAGUGUCCAGACGGAACGUGAUCGUGAUGUUGAACUGCAUUCUAUGAACGAUCUGAACGCGAAUCAAGUCAAGAUCCUAAACGAGAUUAUGCGUUAUAUGAAGAAACGGCAGGUCUCCGGAAAUAUGACGAACUUAAUGAACAAUUUGGAACGGGAUGUCCCAGAACUGCGAAAUCAGCACCUGAACGCGGGACUGCAUUAUGUUUCGGAAAUAAUGGAACAAAACGAACGUAACGCCAACCGCUAUGCCGGACCGAAUCCCAUGAAUCCAAAAGCGCGCGAAAUGGCAAUCAGGCAGGGCGGUGGAAGCUCGCGGGAUCCCCGAGCGAGGGGUUCCUUCAAAGACGAACAUCAUGGUGUCAACUUUGAUGAGAUCAACAAACUGACGACAUCGAUGGUCCCGGCCGGAUUCCGACCGUCGCCGCCACGCAGAACCAACAACAGUGGCAGCUAUAAUAAGCGACGCGCAUGGUAAGGUGGAUUCCAAUGAGAGGUAAACUUUUUCAAUUUUAAUAUGUUCUCAUAUACCUAUGCCGUUCGUUAUGCGUAGAUAUUGUACCCAAUGUAUGUGUAGACAGGU